UCCACAUUGCAGUUCCACGUGCUUCAUCCUGUCCACCAUGCCAACCUUACCUGAAGACAAGGGACAAUCAAAAGAGACACAACACAAUAGUUCUCCUCCAGCCAAAGACACUACUGUUGAAGGGACAACAUGCAGUACACCUUCUAUUGUUCUUCCAGAGAAUGCUGUUACGCCAGAUGUAGAAAUUGAUAAAAAUCUGGUUAACAGGCCCCGUAGUCCUCAUAGAAGACAUUCUAACCGUGCCACUAGGAAUCCAACAAAUUCAUUGACUUCUGUUGACAACAGCGGUCAUGUGAUUGAUCUGGUAAAUGAUCAGCUACCAGAUGUCAAAAUAUCAGAGGAAGACAAAAAGAAGAACCUUGAAUUACUAGAAGAAGCAAAGAAAGUAAGCGAGAGGUUUCUAAUGCGCAGAGGUAGAAAGUCAAGAAGCAGCCUUCCGGAGUCACCUACAGCGGUUUCCCCUACACUUAGUCCUAAAGUUUCACCAGUAGCAUCUCGGAGCAACUCUCUCACUUUUCCAGUUCCAUCAGGGUCUGAUGUAUGCACAACCACUAGUGUCGAGUCAGUAUCUCCAGGACAGAAUAACAGAACUGUGAAAGAGGAUGAUAGACAAACUGCAGAGAAUGCUGCAAAAGGAUUAAUUGAUCGAAGGCAGAAUGAUCAAAGAAAGAUUUCUCAGGGAAGGUUGGUUCCUCGUUCUGCUGGUUUUGAAAACUCCAAAGAGAAGCUUUCAGAACAAAAAGAAAACUUUGAUCCAUGUAAACAUAUAGAUACUUUACCUAAAUCCUCCCCUUCAGGUAGUGAUGGUGGCAGAAUGUCUCUUAACACUUGCGUGAAUGUUUGUGAAAGUGAACUUGGAAAAUCAUUCCUCAAGAAAGCAAAAGAAAAUGAUGUUCCUUUAAGAACCUGUCUACCUGGACCAGGGAUAGGAAAUAUAGACUCAAAGCUAAAAAUUCCUGUUCCAGAAAUGAGGGACAAUAAAGUUUCAUGUAAACCAGAAUUUAAACUGUGUGGACUGCGUCCUCCUCUACUACGGGCUGUAUCAUGGGAUAGCUUGGAGCCUGGACAGAAAGAUAAAACACCUUUAAAAUUACCGUCUGAGGAAGAUAAAAGCUUUGCUGUUGGUAAUAAAUCCAGCAAUCAAUUAAAAGCAUUCAAAGACCUUCAAAUCCAAGUUCAACCAGUUCGAAUGCAGAAAUUGACAAAGCUGAGAGAGGAGCAUAUUUUGAUGAGAAAUCAAAAUUUAGUUGGACUUAAACUUCCUGAACUUAGUGAAGCAGCUGAACAGGAAAAAGGCCCUUCACCUCUCCCUUCCCCGACUGAAGAGGAAGAGACAAAGAAUAGCUCUGAUGUCAUGCCCAGCAUUCCUGAUAUAUUGCUGCGAAAACUACGAGUGCACAAAUCGCUUCCAGGAAG